AUGGCUCAUUUUGACAUCAAGAAAAUUCAAGAACUGAUUGCAGAUGAAUUGGGUCUGAAGUUUGAAACGCAGAGUGAGCCCGGGCGAGCAGGCGAACUGCGUAACAGACUAAAGAAAAGCAAGGUUCUUGUUAUUUUGGAUGAUAUUUGGGAUAAAUUGGAUAUGGAGGCUCUGGGAGUUCCUUACGGAGGUGAACACCAAGGAUGCAAGAUCUUACUGACGUCUAGAAAGGUUGAUGCUUUAUCUUUGAUGGGUUCGCUGAAAAACAUUCCAAUUGAAAUAUUGAAAGAAGAAGAAGCAUGGAACCUGUUUAAGAAGAAGGCAGGUGAUAUUGUUCUAAGCCCUGACUUGGAAACUACGGCAAUUGAAGUGGCCAAUGAAUGUGCUGGAUUGCCGAUUGCCAUUGUAACAGUUGCGGAAGCUAUGAAAAAUAAGGAGAAUUUGUCUGAUUGGAAGUAUGCUUUGAAUGAACUAAGAAAUCCCUCUAAAAGAAACUUCAAGGGGAUACCAGCAGGUGCAUAUUCAGCUAUAGAGUUGAGUUACAAAUUUUUAGAAGAUGUGGAACAUCAACCAACUUUCCUACUCUGUAGCAUAAUGGGUCAUGAUGCCGCCAUCGAGGACUUGUUGAAAUUUGGCAUUGGUUUGGGUUUAUUUCAUGGAGUUAACACAAUUGAAGAAACGCGAUAUAAAGCAUCUGCAUUGGUUAGCGACCUCAAAAGAUCUUCUUUGUUGCUUGAUGGUUCUACCUUUGAGCGCUUUGAUAUGCAUGAUGUUGUUCAUGAUGUUGCCAUGUCGAUCGCAUCACGGGACCACCAUUGGCUUGCCAGGGAUGAUGAAUUCAAAGAGUUGUCAAAUGAGGAAACAAUGAGAAAUUGUGAACUGAUCUGCUUGGAGUAUGCUAAGGUUUGUGAGCUUCCUGAUCAUGAUCAGUUGGAAUGUCCAAAUCUUACCUUUGUCUCUUUGAGUAGUGAGGAUUCUUCUUUGAAAAUUUCAGACAACUUCUUUAGGGGAAUGCAAAAACUCAGAGUCUUAGAUUUUGCCAAAAUGUAUUUUCCAUCCAUGCCUUCGUCGUUUUGUUUCCUAAAAAAUCUUCGUACUCUAUGUUUUUCUGACUGCAUUUUAAAAGAUAUAGUCAUCAUUAAAGAGUUAAAGAAUUUAGAAAUCCUUAGCUUCAGCGCAUCUGAAAUUGCAGAGCUACCAUCCCAAAUAGGACAAUUGAUCAAGCUAAAAUUGCUAGAUUUGAGUUAUUGUUACAACCUUAAAGUAAUACCACCAAAUGUCUUGUCUAGUUUAUCCCGAUUAGAAGAAUUAUACCUCUAUGAGAGCUUUGAUAGAUGGGAGGUUGAGGGACAUGAGAAGAAAAGAACCAAUGCUAGCCCUAUUGAGUUGCAACAUUUGUCUCAUUUGACAACUUUGGAAGUCCAUAUUCCUAUUGUGCAAGCUAUGCCAAAAGAACUGUUUUCUGAAAAGCUGGAAAGAUACAGAAUUUUCAUUGGAGAGAAGUUGUGGUGUUACGAGUCAAAAAAAUCGAGAGAGUUGAGACUCAUGUUGAAUAAAAGAAUUCAUUUGGACGAUAGUGGGGUUAAAACGUUGUUGAGAAAAACUGAAACUCUACGUCAGGAUGCAGUGAAAGAUGCCAUGGACAUGCUUUGUGAUCCAGAUACUGAAGGUUUCCCACAUUUAAAACUUCUUGAUGGCCGCAAUGAUUCAGAGGUUAAACAUCUCAUUAACUCCAUGGAGUUGGCUUCUUGUAAAGCAUUUCCUCUUUUGGAGACAUUGCGUCUUUUUAAACUGAACAAUUUGGAGGCCAUAUAUUAUGGUCAACUCCAAGCUGAAUGUUUUGGUCAACUAAGAGAGAUAGAAGUAAGAGAUUGUAAUAUGUUGAAGAAUUUGUUCUCAUUCGCCUUAGCCAGAAAGCUCGGCCACCUUCAAGAAAUUUAUGUAUCUAAUUGCGAGAAUUUCACAGAGUUAAUUGUAGAAAAGAGGGAGGAAGAGAUUGGUGAUGAUGACAUUUUAGAAUUCAGCCAAUUACGCUCUUUAACGUUAAAAUAUCUACCAAGUUUCAUUGGCUUGUUUAACUCAGAAGAAAAGCUUUCCUCGUCUCAACAAGGAAGAGUUCAAUCAAUGGAUGGAAGUUCAACUGCCAGAUCGCUUUUUGACCAAAAGGUCGUGUUCCCAUGCUUAAAGGAGUUGUGGUUAGAUUCAAUCAUAGUUGAAAAAUUAUGGCAUGAUCAGCUUUCAGUAACGUCUUUUGGUGUUGAAAAUUUAACCGAGUUGAGUGUUCAGGACUGUCAUAAUUUGAAGAAUCUAUUUACUUCUUCUAUGGUUGAAAGCUUUGUGCAACCGAAAUCACUUUCUAUUGGGAAUUGUAAUGAAAUUGAAGAGGUAAUAACAGUGACAGAAGGAUUACUGGAAGAAGUAAGGAUGAAGAAAAUGGUAUUUCCUAAACUAGACUCCUUAAAGUUAUGGAAUCUUCCCAAUCUCAAAAGAUUUUGCUUUGGAAAUCCAAAUGAAUUCCUCUAUCUAAGAGAACGAAGGAUAGCUGAAUGUCCAGUUUUGAACACAUUUCAUUCUGAUUCUACAAGUGUGGGUACAAUUGUUGGAAAUGAAGCAGGAAAGAGUAGCAUCUCAAUGGUGAACCCUUGCACUGAUGUGCCAAAAUAUCUAUUCGAUGAAAAGGUUGUGUUCCUAAGCUUAGAGGAGUUGCAUCUAAGCUCAAUCGUAGUUAGAAAACUAUGGUAUGAGCAACAUUCAGUAAAUUCUUUUGGUGUUCAAAAUUUAACAAAGUUGGAAGUGCACUUCUACCAUAAUUUGAAGAAUAUAUUUACUUCCUCUAUGGUUGAAAGCUUUGUGCAACUGAAAACACUUUAUGUUGUAAACUGUAAUAAAAUUGAAGAGAUAAUAACAGUGACGGAAGGAUUAGUGGAAGAAGAAGAAAGGAUGAGGAAAAUGGUGUUUCCUAAAUUAGACUACUUCGAGCUUAAGGAUCUUCCCAAUCUAAAAAGAUUUGGCUUUGGAAAUAUGAUUGAAUUCCCUUCUCUAAGAAAUCUGCAUAUAGAAGGAUGUCCUGUUUUGAACACAGUUCAUUCUGAUUCUACAAAUAUGGGAACAACUGCUGGAAAUGAAGCAGGAAAGAAUAGCAUCUCAAUGGAGAACUUCCAAACGGCUGUUUCAAAAUACCUAUUCAAUGAAAAGAUAAAAUUAUAUAUUGAAUAG